AGCUUUCUAUGGCGUCACUGUAGGUCAAUUUGAACGUUAUUCGAAUUCUCUGGGAAGUUUCGCAACGUUAAUCGUCUCCUUGCUUCGUUGGUGAGUUUCGGUGCGUGUAGAGCUAUUUUUAAAACUUUUUUCCUCCGCAGGCCUACUCGGUCUUUUUUGUUUUUGCAAGCUGCUCCAGUUGGUAGAACACUGCCCACGACGUUGUGUAUUUCUUACUACUUUUCCUUGUGCCUUACCUCAUUUUUUGUUUUGCUGCUUUUACUUCCCACAUUUUUUUCUUCCUGUUUGGUUCUUUGAGUCCUACUUUCAGUGCGUCGUUAGCUGUGCACAAUCGCGUCUUGUUGACUACUAUUGCCAUUGUAGCCUCUCCUGCUUUUGAUAACGCCUAGAAACCUUCUUUCGCCUCUUGUCCUUCUUUCUUUGAAGAUCUCUCUUUUUUUUUUUUGCUACUUCAAUUUGGCUGUUAACCCUGUUCUCCUUGUAGCUUUCUUUCCAUUCGAUCGGAUAUCCUUACGCGGGUGGCUUCACGAACGGGGGGGAGGGCCGCCUUAGGUCGGAGUGGCGCAUCGCACAUCUUUCUUGUUGACGUACUGCGGUCCACGCACGCACAGACUAAAAGGGAAAAACGAAGCUGUACUUUUCGGUGGUAUCGAAAAGCGCUGGCGCAAUAAAGCUGUUCCUCUCCGAACGGUUCUACGAAGGAUCAAAUAAAAGCCUUCUGGGUUUCUCCUUGUUGUUUGUUGUUGAUUUAACGUCCCACGGAGUAUUCACAUACAGUGGUGGGACGCAUUGAGGACAAUACGAGGCAAAGUUGGACCACAGUGCGUUGCCCUUUGUAGAAUACUUAGUUUUCGACGCUCCGUCUAAUCAUACCUGCAUCAACACUACGUAGGUACGUUUGAGUUUUUUUUUCCAUUUCCGUGCAUCGAAUUAUUAACCUAUAUAAAACCUGAAGACGUAAUCAAAAUAAUCCGUGGUCCGCGUGCAGCAUCUUAAAAAGACAAAUUUGCUGCAUAGCUGUGACUUGUUGCCGCUCGCUUAUUGUUGUUUUGUUGCUGCGCACACGCAACUUCCCUUGAUGACAGUUGCAGGGAUUGGACACACUAACAGAAAAGCAAAAUAAUUCUAGCAAGUGAAGAUGUUCCGCAGGCGUAACGCUGAGAGGGCGAAGAUGGAACCGGAGAUGUGCGUGCUGCUGCGGUGUCCGGCCCGCUACCCCGGCGACGUGCUGCAGGGCGUCGCCAUUGUCGACUUCGCCUCCCCGGUCGACCUCCUCACCUUACAAGUCUGCCUGAGCGGCGAGGAGCGGACCUCCCUCGGCGGACUUCUCCUCACCGACAAGAACCCCGAGGCACGCAGGACGCUCUACUAUGAGCAGUUUGUCACCUUGCGCGGCGUCGACCACGAUGCGCUGCAGCAGCGGCGUGACCUGCUUGGCCGGCGGCACACCGUCGUGUCUCAAGACGCGCUCCUCCGCAAGUCGACCCCUAGCGCGCCGCCGCCAUCGAACAACACCAACAGCGGCACCAACGGCACGGGUGCGUCGUUGCCGGACGUGCCGUCGAAGGAAAGCAGCCUCUGUGAUCUGAGCCCCUCCAUUAUCAAUGCCGCCGCAGGAGCAGGGGGGACGGUGCACCUGGUGCCCGGCACCUACUCCUUUCCCUUCAAGGUGACCCUCCCCGAUUCUCUUCCCCCGUCACGGGAACUGCUGCGGCCACGCGAGGGCACCUCCGUGUUGCGCUACCGCGCCGUGGCCACCAUGAUCUUAGGAGGCGGCAAGGUGUACACGGUAGAGACGCCUUUCCGUGUGAACACGCUGCCGGUGCAGAUACAGCGGUGGUUUGAGCUGCACAACGACGAGCAAAACGGCUCGGACGCGUCGGUGCGGGACGAGGCGGAGAUGGGCGCGCCCGGGCUGGAGGGCGGAGCUGCUCGUCUCGGUUUGAAGUCGCGCCUCAUGUCCUCCCCCGGCACCACCAGCGCAGACGCAGCCGACCGAGAGCACGAGGUGGCGUGCCAGCGUCGCAUCCGGCACUACCGGCAGUUCCCCGAGCAGAAGCUCAUGGCGGAGCGGGCCGAGUACGAGAAGCGCGCCGAGGCUCGUGAGGGGAAGAAGGAAGAAAAGGGCGACGGCUCGCCCUCGCCGCAGACGGUGCACGAUCUCGUAGACAGCGGGCGGCAGAACAACCGGAAGGCGCGGCCGAAGACGUACCGCGAGCGCCGGGCCCGCCAGGAGGCGGCGGACAGCCGAUCUGUCGACGACAACGAAGGCAACGGCACGGCGGAGGAAGAGGAAAGGGGCGAGGAGGAGGAGAUGGGUGACGAGGUGCGCGCGUUCGCGCUGGACGAAGAGGAAAGCGAGGCGACAUCGUCCCCAGAGGCGGCGAAACCGCUCCUGAGCCGAGCGGCGGGCCACAGCCUCGCCGCCAACGCCGGCGCAGACGCGACGAACAUCACAAAGGAAAGAAAAAAGAAACACCGCCACCACCGAAAAGGGAGCGAUGCGGCGAACGGUGUAAAUGGUAGUGCCAUGCUGGAGAGCAACGUGGACCAGCUCGACUUUACGCCACCUGGUGAGACCCUGGUCCCUAUUUCGGCUCACAUGGCUGUGCGGCAGUCGGUGGAUACCGGGGCCACCUCGCCAGGCGACGCUGCCGCUGCGUCCCACAAGAAGUCUAGUCGACGCAAGGGUGGCCAGGACGAGAGGGGCGAAGAGGACGAGAAGAAGUCGCAGGGGACCCAGGCGCACCGGCGCCGACCCCGCUUCGUGCCACCGCCGUGGAACCAAGAGUUCGACAUCAGCCUGCGCGGUGGCUUCUUGCGCACGGGUAAGGUGAAGGUGAAAAUGUCUCUGCGCAGCCCGCUCAUCUCCGUUGGCCACGGCAGGGUCAUGGUAAAGCUGCUCGUCGACAACUCCGAGGGUGGCGGUAACAUCACCAAGGUGAAGUACUCCCUCAUCACGCGGUGCUACAUCCGCACCAAGACGGAGGUGUACAACUACCACGUGGAUAGCGCCGAGCUCAUCACCGACGUAAACAUUGAAAAAGGCACUAUUGUUGCCAUACCGGAGGAGGAGGUGCUGGUGCCGGAGUCGACGCCGCUCACGUUGCUCACAGAAGGCAUGGGCACGAUGACCUUCCUCAAUGUCCGUUUCUACGUUGGCACCGCCUUCAAAACGUUUUCAAAGUCGGUCGAGACCGAAGUCGUGCUCGUCUCGGGGCAGGACUCGCAGAACAAUAGUCGCCGGCUGCUGUGCUGGACGUGCUUCUACCGCCGUCGAAAUAACCAGGUCGCGCGUGAGCUGACCGUGCAUCCGCCGACCGUGAACUUGUCGGAGCAGAAUGCGAAGAUGCGUGUGAUGCCCGCAGCAGAGCUCGACAAUCCUACGGUCUCCUUCGGCAACAGCAACAACGGCACGGACGCCUCGUCGAUGGCGCCAUCUGCGAUGAGCCGCUCGUUGGUUAUAAUGCGCAAAAGCAGGCGGGUGUCGAAGGACGCGCCGUCGCUGGAUGCACGCCGGCUCGCGAGUGCGCUGAACUACGACGAGGUCAUCUUUGUACCACCGGUCAAUGACGACGAUUUCGCCGGCCCGAGUGGCCAUGUGGACCCCAUGGCAAUGCUGAACCCAUUCGCGAUGCCGUCCACCAACGUUGGCAGCACGCUUCCUUCAGCAGAAAAGGACGACUACGAGCAGCAAUAA